CAUAUUUCAUUCGACAGUAUUAUCUGAGUCGCGAGCGCGAAAAGACACGUUUAGUGCGUACGGUUGUGGCGGCAUUUCUUAACUUCACUCGUAAAUCGUUUUGUUGAUUGUUUGUGUUCGUUCUUUUUGAUGUGCUCGAUUUACGGUAAAGUAUUGAAGGAACAAACCGUGGAAGGCUGUUCCAUGUACAAGUGGAGUAACAUAUAAGAAAAAAUCUAUACAACGCUUUGUUCUGUAGUGCCUGCUCUAAACUGUUGAUUUCGAUGCGUGCCGGAGCGCUUGUGAAGUGAGCUUAAUAGCUUGGUGCGGAAAAUUUAAAUUUAUAGAAAUAUAACUACUGAAACAUGUUUUUUGCUUCAAAUGCGCGGUAAAAUAUCAUCGGUUACUUAUCAGUGAAGUGCGUGUGUACAUGACAGCGUUAUCUGUUUGAUUAAUCUACGAGAACCGAGCUACGAGUGAUUGAGCUGAAAAAAACACCGUAAAACACAACAAAACACAAUGUGAGUGAUUGAGUGCGUACAUAUGCUAUGUCUGAAGCCGGCUGUUAACGAAUGGUCGUAAUACGAAACAACACGCGGAUACAAUGCUGCUAGUGAACAGUUGGAUUGGUCUACUUGCAACGUGUUUUCUGAUUACAGACAUUUUCGGCCUAAAACUAAAAACCGUACGAAUACCACCGUACAAGUUUCGUGGUGAAUCCGCAUUGCUCGAGUGCCACUACGAGCUGAACGGCCAGCGAAAAGGGCAUGGGACGCUUAAUGGAGGCAAUCGACGACAUCAUACCUACCAGAACGACUAUCUGGGUGAGCCCUUCGAGGAGGAGGAAAAGCUCUACUCCAUCAAAUGGUACAAAGACAACGAGGAGUUCUACCGGUACGUGCCGUCCGCCUCGCAGCCGAUUAAGAGCUACAAAAUUGAGGGCAUCCGGGUCGAUCCGAACCAUUCCGACGGUACGAAGGUGUUGCUGCGUGGGUUAACACUCAAAUCCUCCGGUAUCUAUCGCUGUGAGAUCUCGGCCGAGGCGCCCAGCUUCGACUCGGUUCAGGGUGAAGGCCGGCUGGAUGUGAUAUAUGUUCCAAAGGAUGGUCCACACAUAAGCGACGGUGGACGGCAAAGCUUCCAAAAUGGUGAAACGAUGGAGUUGAAUUGUACCUCCGGUCGGUCGUAUCCAGCCACCACGCUGCAGUGGCAUCUGAAUGAUGUGCUGGUGACGGACCCGAACAGUCUCGUGCACUAUCCGUCGGUACAAAAUCAACACGGGUUGAUUACCACCUUUCUUGGGCUGAGCAUGGUCGUCAACCAUCGGCACUAUAUCGACGGUACGAUACGGAUUAAGUGUGUGGCAAACUUAUCGCCCGUUUUAUGGCGCGGCGGACAGGAGAGCAUCGUCCAAUGGGAGCAACCAUCCAUCGACAAUCGUGUUGCCAUGCUGUUAGUGAAAAGUAACGACACGAGCAGAAGCAAAAUCUUACUAGUGCCCUUUAUAAGCCUUGUGGUUUAUGCAAUAUGUCCAAUACAUGCCCGCAUAAAUUGGUGAUAGUAUGUGUCGCUAGAGUACAUGUGAAACACAAAUCCCAUCGCAAAGCACAUUCAGCAAGAAGGAUUUCCCGAAAGACAAAGAGAUAGAAUAAGUUUAUUUAUUUUAGCAAUAUUUUGACUGCUCUACUUAAUAACCUAGUUUAUGAUUAAAAGACUUUUUCAUUUAUUUUGUUUUAUUACUGAGCAACAGCAUUAUCCUUUCAUUAAACCGUAGAUUAAAUACUAUCAAAAAGCAAUUAAGAAAUCAAUACUAACAAAAAAUUGUAAAUAACGGAAAAGAUAUCAAUCAUUUGUAUUCAUUACAUUCAAAACUCCGUACAACGGAACGCAUUCAGAAGUAAGGGUGCAAUAGACAAGAUGUGUACAGUAAAUCCCUCUCCGUUCGAAGCCCGUCAUAGCAACAGUUUAAAAAUAACUCACAGUAUAAAUAAUGUAAAACUUAAUAGAUGAGAUACCACGUUGUACAUUUUAAGUAGCAAUGAAUACUCCGAUGAACAAAUUUUCAUUUAGUCUGUAGAGAAAGACGUUGCGAGUGCCAGGGAAUAAAAAAAUAAUAAAUUAACGAAUGAAUAGUGGCUUGAGAGGCAGUUCUUGGUUUUUGUAAAUAAAAUUGUCAAACAUGGCAAACUAUCUUUACCAUGGCAUUAUUACA